AGACACUAGGAGAGGCAGCUCCCACACCGCACAGCUCCUGCAGGACUCCUGGUCACAGCACCCACACCCAGGAACUAUAUCCAUUGCUGUGGAGCAGGACUAUUGAGUGGACCCCAACAUCUCACCCUGAAGUCCAGCAUCAGUCCCUCCAGCAUUCAGAUGGGGUCUGAUGUGAGGGACAUGAACACCCUGCUGCCCCCUGUGUCUUCUCUCUCCGGGAACAGUAGCUGUAACAUGCCAGUCAGCAGCAGUGGGCAGUGGGCACCAGUCCUGGACUUCCCACCAGGGGCCCCAUACUCUUCCCUCACUCCCCACUCUUUUAUCAAGCAAGAGCCCAGCUGGAACCCGGAUCUCCAUGAGGAUCAGUGUCUCAGCGCCUUCACCGUCCACUUCUCUGGGCAGUUCACGGGCACAGCCGCCGGAGCCUGCAGGUAUGGGCCAUUCAGUGCACCCCCUGCCAGCCAGGCGACCACCGGGCAGCCGAGGAUGUUCACUAAUGCCCCCUACCUGUCCAACUGCCUGGAGAACCAGCAAAGCAUCAGGAACCAAGGUUACAGUACAGUGGCUUUUGAUGGCACCCCAAGUUACGGUCAUACUCCAUCUCACCAUACGCCACAAUUCACUAACCACUCAUUCAAACAUGAAGACCCCAUCAGCCAACAAACCUCCCUAGGAGACCAGCAGUACUCAGUGCCUCCUCCAGUGUAUGGCUGCCAUACCCCUACUGACAGCUGCACGGGCAGCCAGGCCCUCCUGCUCAGAUCUCCAUACAACAGUGAUAACCUCUACCAGAUGACCUCACAGCUGGAAUGUAUGACAUGGAAUCAGAUGAACCUGGGUACAUCACUGAAGAGUCAUGGGACGACUUAUGAAAAUGACAGCCACAGCACCCCCAUGUUAUACAGCUGUGGGGGUCAGUACCGGAUACACACGCAUGGAAUGUUCAGAGGCUUACAAGACGUCAGACGUGUUCCAGGAGUGACUCCAGCCAUAGUGAGGUCGACAUCAGAAACCAAUGAAAAGCGACCCUUCAUGUGCGCAUAUCCGGGGUGCAACAAGAGAUACUUCAAGUUGUCCCACCUGCAGAUGCACAGUAGAAAGCACACAGGUGAGAAACCCUACCAAUGUGACUUCAAAGACUGCGAGAGGAGAUUUUCUCGUUCUGAUCAACUGAAAAGGCACCAAAGACGACACACGGGUGUCAAACCCUUCCAAUGUAAAACAUGUGAGAGAAAGUUCUCCCGGUCUGACCACCUGAAGACGCACACCAGGACUCAUACAGGUAAAACAAGUGAGAAGCCUUUCAGUUGUAGAUGGCCUAGCUGUCAGAAGAAGUUUGCAAGGUCGGAUGAGUUGGUCCGACAUCACAACAUGCAUCAAAGAAAUAUGACCAAACUUCAGCUGGCUCUAUAGGCGAAGAGGUCAAAAAGACUUAUAUAUCUACUGUAUUAUAUACAAAGCUUCCAGCACAUCCAACCAGCGGAGGUCUAAUGGAGAAGAGGGUUUCCGGACGGUUGACCUGACGACAGGAACGGGUGUAUUCAUUUUUUUAAGGGCCAUCAAGCUGGAGGACUACAGAUCUUUGGACACCCUUUUAGGGUUCCUCACUUCCUUGGAAUGCUCCAUAGACUUUUAUAUAAAAGUAAUGUCUGGCCCGAUAAACUGAAUGCGGCUCUUCACAUGGGGCACCUUGGACAACACUGGUCAAUGGAAUGGCUAUACUUAUUCUGUAUAUAGACCUUACUGUACUUAUUUAACUUGCAGGGAUGCAAUUCAGACUGCAGCAUGAACUACAAAUCUAUAAUGGUGACAUUGAUGUAGUGUAAGUUGUGUGGUGAGGUGUCAAAGCUACUGAUUUUCCUUUCAGGGGGACAAAGCAUUGAUGCCUGUUCAUGGUUUAUUCUGCAGAUCUUCUACUUCAUGCAAUAAUAUUACCGGCACCUUAAAACCCUAAAAAUCCAUUAAAUGUAUUUUUAAGUGUGGUGUGCAGGUAGCAAUGCAGGAGGUUCCGUUUGAUUCAGCGCUUUUGGCUAUUUGACAAAUAGAUCAACUGACCUACCCCAAACCUUAAGGGCUAUCCCAUGAACAUUAUUUAUCACCUAGCCACUGGAUAGGUAAUAAGUAUUUGAUCACAAAACUCUGAUCCCAAAAAUACAGGUUCCCAAGUCCUAUUUCUGAAUGUAGAGUGCAUGUUGGUUCACCCAUGGGACUGAAGGUGUGGACUGAUAUGGACAACUUCUCCAUUCAGACUUGGGACUCUCAUCCUCAAGAUCAUGGAGGGUCCAAGUGGUUGGAACCCAGCAGUCUGAUAUAUUUUCUAUCCAGAGGAUAGCUGAUACUUUUUAGAGGAUAACCCCUUUAAGUUAGCAGAAAUUUUAAAACAGACAUGGGCAGGAGGUACUGCUAUCUUCUAGGGACUAUCUAGCAAACCUUUAAUGGCAACUCAUGUUGGUUGCACAAGGGUUUUGUGCUGUGCACAGUCUCUGUUAGAAAGUUGGACAAAGAUAAAUUGAUCACAGGGUGUCUCGCUGCUGAGACCUCCAGCAAUCAGGUCUAAUCUUUGGAGAAAUGAAAUGUCUAAAGUCACCCUGGACAGGACAUUUGUUGGUUGCCCAAGGACCAUAUCUUUUUCCAUCUCAUCGUCAAAGCUUAUCAUCUCCAAUGUUUUUUUGAUGAAACUCCUACCUUUCCAUCAUGGCAAGUGUAAUGAAAAGUUAGAGUUAGAUGAAGAUCCUCCUCUACAGUCAAGUCGCUCAUUGAGUAGAUUGCAACUUGAAGCCUCCAUGAUGGAAAGAGCUUCGACUUCCACUUUGUUCCCUCAACCAGUACGUGUGAAUCUGAUUCUGAAGGGCCAAUAUAGGAGUCCAAAACAUUACUGUUGUAAGGGUGUGUAAGUGUGAGUGACUGAGUCUUUAUAUUUGUAUUAUGAAAUGGUGCAUUGAAGAAUUAUUUUUUUGUAGACUUUAAUUUAUUUUACAGCUAGAAGUGGGCAGUCUGCCGGUCAACAUGCUUAGGGACCAAACACGCUUUCUACCUUUUCCCAUGGCACUAGAAUCUACUCUGGAAUAAGUCACUUACCUGUCUGAUGUGCAAAAGGUGAAUGCCAUGACUGCAACACCCAAAACACCCAUCCUAUGAGCCGUCAUCUGAUUAAAUGUCCAUUUGUCAUGUAUUUCAGAGGAAAACUAAAUAUGUCAUGUUCAAUUCCCGGAACGCGGUUUGCCGGUGGUGAACAGUGUAAAGGCUGCACUGGUUUUGUGGCUGAUCGUUGUAAAUAUGCUGCUUAAAUGGUAUUAAAGUGUUAUGAGAAGU